GUACUGUAUAUUUUUGGAGUUGCACAUCACACAGAACCAGAUCACACACAUGCAGGCAUGCCAAGAGAGAUGCCAGAGUGGAAGGGGUGUUCAAUGCAAACAGUCCCGCAUCUCUUGAGCUGAGGGAGAUAGUGGAUGCCUUGCUCAUUUGCCAUUUUUACAUUUGUCUGCAGGCAGGACUUGAACUGUUGUUACCAUCAGGUUCCUAAGCCCAAAGUCCUUCCAAAUGAAUGAGCUACUGCCACCAUACAGUAAAGGGAUGUUUACAAAGGGAAAUAUUUGCUAAAGGUGAUAAACCUUUACGUACAGCAGGGGGCGACAAACGUCACGGUGACGCAAAGUAGUCGAAAAUAGCACGAAGAAGAAAUUACAGCAGUCAUGUAAUGUUAACAUGACCAAGGUUGUCAACAUUUUGUAGGAGCUACACAUAAACACCUUGUGACAAAAACAGCCAUAUCCUUAUGGUAGAGAUGAGCGUCCACUGCGUCGUGACGUCCGCUGGCCGGAGCUUCUCUUCAUCGUAUCCCGCCGCUGGCCUCCUCCGCCUUCUUCUACCUGCCCCCUGCUCCAUCACACGAAGAAACAUGUCCUCCAAAAGACAAAUGGACCAUCUUGAGAGGACGGCAACCAACCAAAGACAAAGCGCUGUUUAUCCUGCUCAAGUAUGCGGCAUCAUGAACGAGUCGGAGUCUGUAAAACGUCUCAGGUUAACAGCUCAUCCGGACUUCAACUUCAAGGCGGGACAGUGGGUGGACUUCUUCAUCCCGGGAGUGGACAAGGUGGGAGGUUUCUCCAUGUGCUCCAGCCCGGGUCUGCUGCAGAGGGAGGGCGUCGUGGAGCUGGCCGUCAAAUUUGCCAAUCAUCCGCCAGCGCACUGGGUUCACACGGCGUGCACAUUGGGCUCUCAGGUGGCAGUGCGCGUCGGCGGCGACUUCUACUUUGACCCCUCACCUUCGGACCCUGCCGUCGAUCUGCUGCUGAUCGCCGGGGGCGUGGGCAUCAACCCCUUGUACUCCAUUUUGUCGCACACGGCCGAUUUGCUGCAGGUCAACCGAGCAUCUGGCGGGCGAGGCUACAACAUCGGCUCAGUCCACCUCCGCUACAGCGCCAAGACCACAGAGGAGCUGCUCUUUAAGAAUCCGAUCCUGCGGGCGUGCAGGGAGUUUCCGGACAAGUUAACAUGUCAAUUCCAUGUCACCCAGCAGAGCACAGACAUUGAACCGCAUCUUCAGCCUUUUGUCAAUCGUCGGAGAAUCGCAGAAGAAGAGCUGCGGACACACGUGGACCCCCAGAGGACUUUGUGUUACUUAUGUGGACCUCCGCCCAUGAUUGAGGCAAUUUCCCAAACCCUCGUGAACCUUGGCCUACCGCAAGACAGAAUUCUCUUUGAGAAGUGGUGGUAGCUGCGCCUACCUUCUCCCGGAACGCCACAGUGUUGUUUUCCGGGAUCCUUUUUUCUAUUUUUGAGCUUCUUGAUACAUUUGCGUGGUGAGAGUUGAAAAACAACAGAAUUACUCCAGUGACGUGGAACUUGAUGUGCAGCCGUGGAAGUGCUCGGUCGGCCCUGUCGGAACCUGCGCAUUGACCCACAGGAGCUGACGGUACUUUCAUUUCAUUUCAUUUCAUCUGUGAAGAUCCAACAUGUUUUUAGUCACCCCGCGGGGCUGAGAUUUAUUGACUCAAAACAGGUGCAAUCUCAUUUGUCGUUCAGUCAUUCCGGACAAAGGCAAAUGUUAACGCAUUACGCCAGUGGUUACAUUUUAGGCUGUAGUUUCGCAUUUUUUGAAAACUAUUUUGCAGUAACACUUUACGUGUAGUCUGACAUAUAAACAGUUUCAUUUAUAUCCCUAUUGUGUGGUUGAGUGCUCAUCUACAAUUUACACCACUGAGUACAUAAAUCGUUGCCUGCCACAUGUUGGCCGAUUGUCUGUUUUGAUUUGGCAUCGGGUUACACACGAGCAACAUUACAUGGCUCGGUGAGAAACCCACAGCGUAAUUGUAAUGGAGAUUCCAGGUGGUCCCCGAUUGGUCCGCAUCCUUAAACCCCCCGCGGAGAUCGUAGCGAGUGUCUCAGUGGGGCUGCCGUUGUCGCUUCAAUUGAGUUGUUCCACGAGGGAAAUGCUUUAAGCUGUAAUGUGAUGAUUGAAUGAAAUAAAUGACAGCGAAGCUG